AUGCUCAAUUAAAUAUAACAACAAUAAUAUACAUAAAAACUAGAUUAAACCUAAAUGGAGAUUUAAUAUUAUAUAUAUUAAGAUUUGGAAAAUGUGUUGUGCCUUUUAGGUGAAUUAGAGCAAACAAUAAAAACUUUUAAAGACAUAGAAGAUAAAUCUUACAUUCCGAUAGCAUAAAAUAAAACUAUUCUAUAGGCAAAUUUAUCUUUUGGAAUUCAUUUUGAUUAAUAUUCUUAACAUAAUAAAAAAUAUGGAGAUUUUUUAAAAUAAUGUAAUGAAAAAGCAGAAAGAAUAUUUAAGGAAUGUGUUUCGGAUUUAGAUUUAUUUUAAAUUUAUGAAUAAGAUGGAAAAAAAAUAAUAGAUCCUAAAAUUUAGGAUAUCUAUAAUUUUUAUUUGAAAAAGAGUUUGAAAGCUGAGAAGAAUUUUGAUUAACUUCCUCUUUUACCAAUAUCAAGAGAGGCUUAAUUCAUUCCAGAUGUUGUUGUAAAAGUAAUUGGCGGAAUUCAAACUGUUGAUAACUAAUUAUAAAAAGUUAGAAAUGGAACAUAUACAUCUCCAACUACUGAUAUAAUUAAGGAUAAAAUAAGGUAAUAAUUUUUUAAUCAAAUUUUAGAAAAAGGCAAGUAUAUUGUAAAUAAUAGUUGGAAAAGAACUUCAAUUUAGUAAAUGAUGGUGAUAUUAGGAACGGGAGAAUGGAAAUAGAAGUUCUUAAAAUUGGAGCAAAACCAACAAUUAACAAAUAUGAUUAAGAUGAGUCUUAAAUGAAUAAAGAUCCGAAUGAAAAGCAAAAUGAAGAGUAGAAUGCUAAUAUUUUAGAUAACGAAUAAAUUUAAACGGAAAAUAAUGAAGUUAAUGGAGCUACAAAUAAUAUUGAAUAAAAUAAUUAGGAGAAUAAAUAAGUUACUAUUAAAAUUGAGCAAGAUUAAAAUUAAACUAUUAAUACAAAAGUUAAUAAUCAAAAACAUGAGGAAGCUUAAAAAUUUUAAAUUACUGCAUAAAUGAAAAAAAAGAAGGGGGAUGAUCAUUAAGAUAUUGAUGAUGGAACUCAAGAAAUAAUAUAAGAUACUAACAAAUUGGAAAAGUGA